CUGAGGAGUAGUCCUUUAGGGAAUGAUGUCACCAAAGACCAAGCAUAAAUUUGAGUGAUCUUCACAGAUAUGCUGACAUUCAAUAGUGAACUUUUUCCUUAUUCAAUAACUGACACACUUUCACUGAUUCUAUCCGUUACAUUAUAACAAAAAAUUGUGAUAUAACAGAAUGCAUUCUAAAACAAACAAAACUUUUCUUUCUCAUUGGUAAAGGCAGAUGGCUGCUAACAUGACCUCCAUGCAGUCAGUUUCUUCAACCAACACAACAUUUAUUCGUCCCUCCAGCUUUUACAUUACCGGACUUUACAACAUCCCACAUGCAAAGUACUACUAUGUGUUUCUGUGCUUUGUGUAUGCAGUGACUUUGUUGGGGAACUCUUUUAUAAUGGGCACCAUAUACCUGGCACGAAGCUUGCAUACAGCUAAGUAUAUAGCCGUCUUCAAUUUGGCCUUUUCUGAUCUGUGUGGAAGUUCUGCUCUUAUUCCAAAGCUUCUGGACAUGUUUCUGUUUGAGAACCAGUCCAUUUCUUAUGAAGCCUGUCUAACAAACAUGUUUUUUGUUUAUUUUUUUAUGACUCUGCAGUCUCUCACCUUGCUUGCUAUGGCCUACGAUAGGUUAAUUGCCAUAUGCUUUCCUUUAAGAUAUCAUGCAAUUGUCACCAAAACAACAAUGACUUUGAUCAUUGGUGUAAUGUGGAUAUUGUCUACGAGUGUCAAUGCUCUGCUGGUAGCUCUGGUUACCAGGUUGUCCUUCUGUAGAUCCACUACAGUUAACAGCUAUUUCUGUGAUCAUGGGCCUAUCUAUAAGCUAGCCUGUAAUGAUAACUCUAUUAAUUCCAUAAUGGGUUAUGUCUGUACUGCUGCACUUCUUUAUAUUCCAUUGAUACUUAUUGCUCUUUCAUAUGUUUGUAUCCGUUUUGCACUUAAGAAAAUCUCACAUGGUGUUGAGCGAAUCAAAGCUAUGAAAACUUGCACCUCCCAUCUCAUAUUAGUAGCCAUGUUUUAUUUACCAAUAAUUGGUGUUUACACUGCAGCUCUAACAACAUCUUUAAAUACUAAUAUCAGAAUAAUCAAUACUGCCCUAACACAAACUAUUCCACCCAUGUUAAACCCCAUCAUAUACACACUAAAGACGGAGGAGGUUUCACAGUCUAUUAAAGCUCUCUACAAACGAAGCAAAGUGAACUCUGUAAUGCAAACAGCUGUCCAAAACAGUUCAAGUAACUAAAAUGAUUCAGUUGCUGUAAAACU